AGGCUGUCGUCUCCCAGGAGGACCUGUGUGGCCGCGGCAGGACGACCAGGAGGAAGGAAGCUCCAGGGACAAGGCGGACAACGUGUGAGCGUCUGGAGCACAGCUAUCCAGACCCGGCCCAGUUAGGAGCCUCUUCCACUGGAGUAUGAGAGGACUGGGACAUAGGAACGAGGGAUUCUGCUGCUCUAGUUGUGGAGCGCCACGCAGGCGAGGAGAGAGAGACCUGGAGAGACGAGGAGGGGAAGGCAGAGGCCAGCCCUUUCAAAGGCAAGAUGGGGAGCUAGUAAUGCAACAUGAUCCAGAGGGUCUUGCCCUAAAAAUACCACUGGGCUGCAGACUGCACUCUGCUUAUAAUUACUAGGGUGAUAAACAAUGCAUGCUUUUAACAUGUUCAAUUGGACUAGCAGCUGUGAGAGUUGAAAUUAUUGCUGAAGAAAUCUGAAAGUAAUUACAUACAAAUUAAUUAAUGAAUUAAUUACAUUUGGCUGCUAUUUUGUGAAGCAUAGAUAUAGAAAGAUUUCGGAUGAUCAUAGCCUCUAACAGGCCUUGAGAAACGAUUCACUGUCGACGUAGUCCACAGCAUCAAAACUCUCAAGAUUAGACGUUAAAAGUACAUUUUUCUCAUUGCAUGACAUGACUUGGUUAGUACUCAAGCUAAAGCAAUAGACAGCAGGGCUGAUAUCAGGAACCUGCCUGGAGAAUCAGCUCUAGGAACCUGCCUGGAGAACCAGCUGCAGAAGGACCCAGGCCCAGACGAGCGGUGCAGCCAUGAGGAAGGCCGAGGUCCAGGUGACCCUGAAGAAAGGUGCGGAUGACGGUCUGUGUGGGGCGGCCCUGCCUAGCCCCAUCAUCCCCCCCAAACGCUCAAAAACGAGCCCGGACCAGGUGGUCCCAGACCCCACAACCUACCCCUCCCAGACCCCACCCAUCUUCAUCCGCAAGAUGAGGAACGCUGCCGUAGGGACGGGCUGUGACAUUCGUCUGAAGGUGGCCGUGGCCGGGGACCCCCAGCCCUCGCUGUACUGGUACCACAACGACGACCUGCUCAACAUGGAUAACCAGGAGUACGGAGGUCUGUGGAUCAGAGACUGCAAGCCCAGCGACGCCGGCCUCUACACCUGCAUAGCUAAUAACCACCUGGGGGAGGCCAGGAGCAGCGCUGUCCUGGCUGUCCUCGACCUGGGCGAAGAUUCGGAGACGACAGAGGAUGAGGGAGGGGAAUCCUUUGACACCAGAGAGGAGGGAGUGGGUCUUCAGGAACCGGCUGCACAUGCAGGACACAGAGUGAUGGACAGUUGGGCAGACGAGGAGUUUACAGCUCCCAGAACCAGGAGUCACUCUGAAGAAGUUCUCCCACCCCCCUCCCCAAGAACAAUCAAACGCCCCUCCACCUCACCGAUGCCAAACCGCUCGGGUUCAGCCCCUACCACCCCUCUCACCCCCCGAAAGAAAGCUGUAGUGCCGGCCGACUACCAAGACACAGUCCCUGAGGAGUUCGAGCAGAAAGUCAAGCAGCCCAAAUCCUCCACGGGCAUGUCCCAGAGCAGUGCUCAAGAUUCUCGCCCCCAGACGCCUCUCAGUGAAUACUCCCGGAAGGACCUGACCGCCAGACCCUCUCCUAAGCUCACCCGUGCAAGCUCCAAGAUCUUUGAGAAAGUCCGUGGUUUCGAGGAGCGAAGACGAAGCCUCGACAAUCCAGAGGGAUCCAUAUCUGGACAAUCCUGGGCUGGCUUCAACCGCGCCGGGUCAGUGGACUCGGACGACGGAGGAAGCCGGCUGGGCAUCUCCAGAGAGAGCUCCAAGGAGGACCUGCGUGAGGCGCUGAAGGAGGAUGCUGCGGAGCGGAGGACCAUGUUCAGGCAGAGGGCCGCCUCGCUGGAGGAGAAGGCGCGCUACUCCGAGAAGGUACAGGACAUCGAGAACAAGUUCACAGAGGAGCUCCAACGCAUCAAGAAGCUGGUGGGGAAGCCUCACCUGAAGAAGUCCUUCUCCACCGAGCAGCUGACCCUGCGAGGUCGACAGAGGCUGCCUGAGAGGAAGCUGGAGCCCAUCCCACCUCAGGUCCUGCAGAAGCUGCAGGAACGGGAGCGCGCCCAGUGGGAGAAGGAGCAGAAAGAGAAGGAGCAGACCAAACAGAGCUCACCGCCAAAAUCACCUCGACUCGCAAGCAAGCAAUCCUCGUCCAGACCCCAGGAGACGGAGCGUCCGUCUGCCUCGUGCAGCAGGUCAGGAGAGGCAGCCGUCACUCCAGAGUCUAUGCAGCUGUCGGAUCUUCCGGGACAGCGCUCGAUAAGAGAGAUCAGCAGGAGCAGUCCAGUCAGAGAGGUCUAUCAGCGGUCUCCCUCACCAGCGACGUCUCGACAACAGAGGGCAGAGUCACCAAGCAGGAGUCUGGUUGACAUGACGCUACGCAAGGUUGAACGAAGGCCAGCCAGCCCCCUGGUGCAGAGGGUCUCUCGGAUGCAGGAAUCCCCAAUGGUCAAAGAGUCUCCUGCCAUAACAUCACCAAAGGAAGAGUUGUCUGGAAGGAAGACCCCUGUAGAGCUUGUUUUAAGAAAAGUAGAAAACAGACCUGCAAGCCCGUUGGUACAAAGAAAAUUUACUGAUUUACAAGAAAUUCCAGACCAAGUCCCAGCUAAAACCCCAAGGCUGACGGCCUCUUCAGCCGUGCUCCCAGCCCCCCCACUGGGGGAGAAGAUGGAGGUGGAGGCACCCAGGCCGGCCCCCAGGCUCAACAUCCCCACUAUUAUUGUUGAAGAUGAGCCAAUGGAAGAAGACGUUCCUGCUGAGACUGACCAGUCGCAGAAGGCUGACGUCCCCAGAGAGCAGAAGACCAGAGGAAGAGCCCGACGCACCAGGCCCAUGUCCCCAGAGCAAGAUUCUUCAGAUGACUCGUACGUGUCUGCUGGGGAGGAUCCGCUGGAGGCUCCUGUGUUUGAGUUUCCCCUGCAGGACACGGUGGCUACCGCUGGGAUGGAUGUGCUCAUGAAGUGCAUCAUCGCUGGGAACCCUCUGCCCCAAGUUACCUGGACAAGAGACAACACAGUGCUCUCCAGUGUAGCUAGCGUUGUAGUGAAGGUGGAGGGGGAGCGCCACACUCUGCUGAUCAAGUGGGCCAAGCACAGCGAUGCCGGGACGUACUGCGUCACAGCCAUCAACGAGCUGGGCAGGGCGUCCAGCAGGGCCAGCCUCUCUGUCAAAACAGAGCCCCCCCCAGAGCCCCCCCCAGGGCCCCCCCCAGGGCUCCGGGGGGCUCUGGCCGUGCGUUUGGAGGCCAGCAGUCCCAUCACCUCAGACGAGGAGUACCUCAGCCCCCUGGAGGAGGCAGCUGACCUGGGGGGCCCCGAGCUCAGGACUGUGGACUCCAGGUUCAAGGAGCCCCCGGCCUUCAUGGCCACCAUGAGUGACCAGGCAGUGUUUGAAGGUCGAGAGGUCACACUGUCUGUGAGAGUCAGCGGGCAGCCCAAACCCAUGCUGUACUGGCUGAGAGACAGAGUCACAGUGAAGACCGGCCCACGUCACCUUGUCCAGGAGAUGGAUGGCGGCACAUUUCAGAUGACCAUCAGGUCGGCGCUGCGGUCAGACAGCGGUGUGUACACCUGCAAGAUCAUCAACGAGUACGGCAGCCGGCAGUGUGAGGGCAGGCUUGAGGUCACAGCCCCCCCCGUGGAGCCAGCUUUAGCUGUUACCCGGCCCGUCAGAGACAUCACAGCCAGGGCUGGAGAGACCGUCAUGUUCGAGUGCCAUGUGAUUGGUCCUCAAGACACAGAUGUGGAUUGGCUGGCUGAUGGGAAGCUGAUGCAGCCUGCGCUGCUGAACUGUAAGAUGCACUUUGACGGAAAGAGAUGUCGCCUGCUGCUCAACUCUGUCCACGAGGACGACAGCGGCACUUACAUGUGCAAGCUCAGCACAGCCAAGGAGGAGCUGACAUCUAGCGGCCAGCUGAAGGUGCUUCCCUCCAUCGAGCCUCUGUUCACCCGGAUGCUGGACGUGCUGGAGGUGAUUGAGGGCCGUAACGCUCGCUUCGACUGCAAGGUCAGCGGGACGCCACACCCCUGCGUCACCUGGAGCCACUUCGACCACCCGCUAGCCCACAGCGAGGACGUCCACAUCCUGCAGGAGGGCGGACGCCACUCGCUGGUCCUCUCUCACGUCUCCAACGAGGAUGAGGGCUUCUACACCGUUGUGGCCCGCAACGCACACGGAGAGGCUGAGUGUUCCGCCGAGCUCUACGUACAAGAGCCACGACCAGCCAUCUCCGCCCAGAUGGCCAAGCUGGAGAAGAUGCCCUCCAUCCCUGAGGAGCCGGAGGUUCCUGAGAGCGAGGUGGAGCGUUUCACCAUGCCAGACUUUGUGAAGCCGCUGUACGACCUGGACGUAAUCGAGGGGAAGGAGGCCGUGCUGAAGUGCAAGGUGGCAGGCCUGCCCUACCCCACAAUCUUCUGGUUCCACAAUGGGAAGAGGAUCGACAGCACAGAGGAAAGGAAGAUGACCCAGUUCAGAGACAUCCACAGCCUGGUGAUCCGGUCUGUGUGUCACAGCCACGCAGGAGUGUACAAGAGCGUCAUCUCCAACAAGUUGGGCAAGGCCACCUGCUACGCCCACCUGUACAUCACCGAUGUUCUUCCUGACCCCCCUGAGGGGGCCCCAGUGGUACGGUCCAUCACAGGGAAAACCAUCACCCUGGAGUGGAAGGAACCUCGACGACUAGACCCCUCCAUCGACCCCAGCUGCUUAAUGUACGCCAUCCAGCAGCAAGCCCUGGGCUCCAUCCAGUGGAACAUCAUAGCAUCCAGCCUGAAGGAGACCUCCUACACCAUCUCCACGCUCUCCAAGGGAGUCCGCUAUGCCUUCAGAGUGCUCUCCAUCACCACCAAGGCCUUCAGCAAGCCCUCCCCAGCCACCGAUGCAGUGCAGUUGCUGGACAGAGGUCCCUAUAUUGAGGAGGCCCCAGUGAUCAUCGACAAGCCAGACGUUGUCUAUGUGAUGGAGAACCAGACUGUCAGCAUCACCAUCACCCUCAACCACGUCAACGCAACCGUCAUCUGGAAGAGGAGGGGGCUGGUGUUGUCCAGCAGACCAGGCCUGUUUGAGAUGCUCAUGCCUGAUGAUGACCAGCACACCCUGAAGAUGCUGCGGGUGAAGCUAGCCGACGUGGGCCAGAUGGUGUGUGUGGCUUCCAACAAGUGUGGCAGUGACUCCUGCACCUUCAGCGUGGAGAUGGCUGCACCCCCAACGUUUGAGAGUAUCAUGGAGGACGUGGAUGUGUCUGUGGGGGAGACGCCUCACUUUGCUGUGGUGGUGGAGGGCAGUCCUGUCCCCGACAUCCUGUGGUUCAAGAAUGACGUACUGUUGUCAGAGAGCAGUCACUACACGUUUGUGUACGAUGACAGCGAGUGUUCUCUGGUGGUUCUGAACACACGUGAGGAGGACUCUGGAGUGUACACCUGCACCGCCAGGAACCUGGCCGGGUCUGUGUCCUGCAAGGCUGAGCUCAGCGUGCGCCCAGAUGUUAAGGACCAGCAGAAGCCUGUGCUCGAUGAGGAGACCCUGCUCAGGAGGAUGCGCCGGCUGACAGACUACUACGACAUCCACAAGGAGAUCGGGAGAGGAGCCUUCUCGUACGUCAAACUUGUGACACAGAAAGCAGGAAAAAUUGAAUAUUCUGCCAAGUUCAUCUCAGCGCGAGCUAAGAGAAAAGCCUCGGCCCUGAGGGAGAUGAACCUGCUGUCUCGUCUGGACCACGAAAGAAUCCUCUACUUCCACGACGCCUUUGAGAAGAAGAACGCCGUGGUCAUCAUCACUGAGAUCUGCAACGAGGAGUUACUGGAGAGGUUCAUCAAGAAGUCUAAUGUGAUGGAGUCUGAUGUCCGCUCCUGUAUGAGACAACUGCUGGAGGGGCUGGACUAUCUACAUCGACAACAUCUCAUACAUUUGGACAUCAAGCCUGACAACAUCCUCAUGGCCGAUCCCCAUGGCGACCAGAUCAGGAUCUGUGAUUUCGGCAACGCUGUGCAGCUGACACCAGACGAGGCUCAGUACUGUAAAUACGGCACUCCAGAAUUUGUUGCCCCAGAAAUAGUGAAUCAGACCCCUGUGUCCAUGGCAACGGACAUCUGGCCAAUCGGAGUCAUCACUUAUCUGUGUGUGACUGGCGUGUCUCCAUUUGCUGGAGAGGACGACCGCAGCUCUCUGCUCAACAUCAGGAACUACAACGUGGCUUUUGAGGAAAGAAUGUUCGCGGACCUCUGUCGAGAAGCCAAGGGCUUCAUCAUCAAGCUGCUGGUCGCUGACAGGCUGAGGCCUGAUACCCAGGAAUGCCUUCGUCAUCCCUGGUUUAAGACACUCACAAAGGGGAAGGCUAUAAACACAGAAGCCCUCAAGAAGUUUGUGUCUCGUAGGAAAUGGCAGCGCUCUCUCAUCAGCUACAAAUCCAAAAUGGUCAUGAGAUCCAUCCCAGAGUUGCUAAAUGACUCCACCAACCAUAUCUCCAUAGCGGUACCCAGACACCUAAAGGAAGGUUCCCCACCACCUUCAUCUUCCUCCGAUUCGGAUGAAGACAUCGACGAGCUUCCAUUCAUCCCAAUGCCAAUAACUGUGGAAUUUUCCGGAUCCAGAAUGUCUUUGACUGACAUCCAGGGAGAUGAGGAGGGGACAGGCCGACCAAACGGGACCACUAAAACCCCAGUGUCUCCAGGGCAGGAGGAGCGAGAGGCUGCAGGGCUGGAGGCCCAGGGGGCAGACUCCUCAGGCAGGGGCCGGCAGAGGAAGAGGUCGGCUCAAGAGACCGAUAAAGGUUCCUCAGACGACGAGCCCCCCGCCGAGCUGGCCCAGCCAGACCAGGCCAGGAGGCCUCUACGCAGGGGCUCCAGCAUGGACUCUGACAAACCCGACGCUGGCAGCAGAAGAGGAACGCUGCGUCGAGGGGGCUCGGCCGACAGUGCCCUGCUGCUACACAUCCCGCCGGAGGAAGGCCCUGGCGACGGCGCUCCCGAGAGCGGGAGGAAGAUGCUGAAGAAAGCUGUGUCCAUGGAGCUGCCCAGGAGGAGUGGCAGCCCGGGGACAGCCACCAUGAGCCAGGAAGACUACGCUCUCAAACUGGAGCUGAUGAGGCAGAGGCUGCUGCGAGGCGGAUCCGUGGACAAGAAGAUGAGCGGCUUGCGGGGCCCCCUGCUGGAGACGUUGGGGAUGGGUGACGAUAAACGAGCGUCUUCUCUAGAGCGCCACUCUCGAGCUCCGCGCUUCGGCCCUCCUCCUCUGACCAGGGCUGCCUCCAGCGACUCCUCCAGAGAAGACUUGCCCAAACCCAAAGUCCUCCGCAAGAGCGCCUCCUUCAGCCAGGGGGACACAGAGCCCAUGCCCCUGUACCGGCGCUCAGGAGCCCCCCUGGAGAUCCCCCUGGCACAGAUAGAGGAGAGGAGACUCCAGGAGGCCAUAUCCAUGUCUGCUCUCACUGAGCAGAUAAAGCUGGACUCCAGACCGGUCACUCCCAGAGAACCAUCCCCCAAGCCGCCCAUCCCAGAGCCAGCAAGACAGGAGAGUCCGACCAAGAUGGAGUACGAAGAUUCGCUGAUCGACAAAGAGACCAAAGCUGAAGAGUGUCCCAGUGAGAAACCAGAUGGGACGACCACUGACAGCACUUUUGACGAAAGGUCAAGCACGAGUGGUUUCUCUGAGAAGGACAUGAGCAUGUCAGAGGAACCAAUGAUGGAAGAGAACAUGGCCCAGAGAGACCCAAGCCCUCCCCCGGCCCAGAGAGACCCUCCCCCGGCCCAGAGAGAGCCUGCCCCGGCCCAGAGAGAGCCUGCCCCGGCCCAGAGAGACCCUCCCCCGGCCCAGAGAGAGCCUGCCCCGGCCCAGAGAGAGCCUGCCCCGGCCCAGAGAGACCCUCCCCCGGCCCAGAGAGAGCCUGCCCCGGCCCAGAGAGAGCCUGCCCCGGCCCAGAGAGAGCCUGCCCCGGCCCAGAGAGAGCCUGCCCCGGCCCAGAGAGAGCCUGCCCCGGCCCAGAGAGAGCCUGCCCCGGCCCAGAGAGACCCUCCCCCGGCCCAGACCUUCACCUUAGAGGAGAGAAUGGAAGAAGAGGAAGAGGAACACGUCGACGAGAAGACUGAGGAGAGAGUUGAUAUGGUUGCUGAAACAAAAACGGUAGAAAAAGUACAAGUAGAAGAAGAUAUUGAAGAGGAAGUGAAGACACCGGUGAAGUCUGAGAUGGUCAUCUCCACCAGCUCUAUUAUGGUCUCUCCAACACAGGUUUAUUCAAGAGGUCCAGCUAACGUGGUGUCGUCGUACGUGACGCCCACGCCCCCCGCUAGAGUUACACUCCCAGACGGCACCACCUCAGCAUACGCCAGCAUAAUGCAGACCAUCAUGGUCCCCUCCCUGCAGCCCAUGAAAAACCCUCCGCUUGGUCCCUCCACCCCAGUGGGUGUGAGGGCUCCUGAACCAGCGCUGGACUCCACGCCUCCAGCUGUCCCUGGCCCAUCCAGACCAGUCGUGGCCCUCACCACUGAACACCCUGCGGUGUACUCCAGAGUGGCCUCCCCAGAGCAGCUCUCCAAGGAGCCCAGCCCGCCCCUGACAGCCCCCUCGCCCCCGGCGGCCCCCUCUCUCGGGGGCAGCUUCCAGGACAUCGCCUCUGAGGAGGUGUUUGAGGCCCGCUUCAAGAAACGUGAGUCUUCUCUGACCCGAGGCCUCAAACUCCUGUCCUGGUCAAAGAACGAGGACAAGCCUGCCGCAUCCUCGGACUCUACAGAGUUCAGCGAGGAGAUCUACAGACCCGGGCCAACCGGAGCCCCGCUGGAGAUUUCCCCCAGGAGGCUGGAAGAGAAGUCCAAGUCUGUCCAGGACCUCCGCGAGGCCCAGAAGGACCAGGGCUUUAUGAGGCGCCUCUCCAUGAGACUCCGCAGGACCCCGUCGGCCGAGCGCAAGGAGGAGAAGCCGAAGGAGGAGGAUCCAGUCUCCCCCAAGAGGAGACUCUCCUGGGCCUUGGGCCGACGGGGUUCCCAGGAGAGGAAGGAGGUGGAGAUGAUGAGGAUGGACGGAGAGAGCGAACCGCCGACGGAGGAGGGGAUGGAACUCAAGAAGCCCAACGAGUCUCCCGUCCUUGCCAUGCGCAGGAAGAUAGAGUCGACCGUGGCAGGGAUCUCCAUGAAGAUCCGCAGUGUCUCUGAAGAGAGGCGGACGGAGGAGAAGGAGGCCAAGCCAGAGAGUAAGAAGACUCCCAUCCUCUCCAUGCUGCGCAGGUCCACGUCAGAGGGCAGGGGUUUGAAGAGCAUGGCGGUGCCUCAGAACCAGCUGGCCACUCAGUCAGGAAGCACGGCCUCCUCCGAGUCUCUGGGAUCCAUGUCCAGUGUGAAGUCAGAAACAGCUUCCAAAGGUGGGGAGGGCGAGCGCAGGUCUCGCUGGGAUCGCUGGGGCUUGACCAGAGGACGCAGGGACAAGACUGUGUCUCAGCCCGACAUCCCCUCCGCCAUCGCCAGGGAGAACGGCUCUCUCGGCUCACGCCAGUACUCCAGACUGGCCUCUGACUUCCCUCCUGUGUUCCACAUAAAGCUGAGGGACCACGUCCUGCUGGAGGGAGAUCCCAUCACCCUCAGCUGUCUCCCGGCUGGAUCGCCACACCCUCACAUCCACUGGAUGAAAGACAAGAAGCCUCUGGAGAUAGAUGCCAGGAUGAACAUGAUCGCCUGUCCAGACGGCCGGCAGCUGCUGAUGAUCAUGAAGACCACCAAGAAGGACGCGGGCCUCUACGAGUGCGUGGCCACCAAUCCCCUGGCAGCCGUGUCCAGCUCAUGCACACUCUCCCUCGCACGUCUCCCCAGUCGUCCUGGGACCCCGGAGGUGCCCCAGAGGUACAGGAACACGGCCCUGGUGCUGUGGAGACCCUCUGACACCAUGGCCCCCUGCACUUACUCCCUGGAGAGGAAGGCAGAGGGUGAGGUCAACUGGCUGAUAGUGGCCACAGGAGUGGCUGACUGCUACUACAAUGUAGUUGACCUGCCAGCAGGGGGCGCGUUCAGGUUCCGGGUGGCAUGUGUCAACAAAGCAGGCCAAGGCCCCUACAGCAGCCUGUCUGAGAUUGUCUGCCUGGACACCGCAGAACAACUCAAGUCCAGCGGAACGGGGGUGGUAAACCCCGCCCCUUCCCCUCCCGUGGUGAUGAUGUCAUCAAUGACAGUGCCCCCCAUUAAAACCCCUAGUAAAGGGUCAGCGCCCUCCACUCAACCCCCAGCCCCCCCUGCCCCCUCCACUCAACCCCCAGCCCCCCCUGCCCCCUCCACUCAACCCCCAGCCCCCCCUGCUACCUCCACACAAGCCCCUGUCCCUUACCCCUUCACCAAAACCCCUGCCCCCUCCACUCAGCCCCCAGCCCCCUCCACUCAGCCCCCAGCCCCCUCCACUCAGCCCCCAGCCCCCUCCACUCAGCCCCCAGCCCCCUCCACUCAGCCCCCAGCCCCCUCCACUCAGCCCCCAGCUGUAUCAGGGGCCAAGGCAGGAACUUCUCUUCUAAAACAGCCUGGCCCUCCCUCUGUCCAGCCCUCCGUCCAGGCAAGCUCCCCCUCCAGCCCUCCUCCCUCCAGCCCUCUCCCCUCCACACCCCAGGCUCUGCCACCUCCGGCCAAAUCCAAGACCACCCUCAACAUUAACGUAGGGAAGCCUGCGCCCUCUCCCGUAAAACUGGCCCCACCUGUUGUCCUCCCCAAACCCCAAAGCCCAACCAACAUCAUCCCCCCCACGGCUAAAACUCCUCCCACCUCCGGCCCUCCGCUCGUAAGCCAACCUCCCUCCAUCGGCAAGCCCAUCUCCUCUCUGCCCAUGUACGCUCCUGUCUCCACGGCUCGCCUCACCCCUCCCUCCCCCUCCAGCGCCCCCACCCCGGCCCCUGCCCUGGCCCCUCCCGUGGUGCUGGUCUCCAGUCUGACCCCCGUCAUGGACGGAGGCCCGGGACCCUCCGGGAGAAGCACCCCCUCGGGGCGCAGGACCCCCUCGGGGCGCAGCACCCCCUCGGGGCGCAGGACCCCCUCAGGGAAGCCUGGAGACGGGUCCCUGCGCCAGGGGGUGCCCCAGAAACCGUACACCUUCAUGGAUGAGAAGGCCAGGGGGCGGUUUGGCGUGAUCCGGGAGUGCCGUGAGAACGCCACAGGGAACCUGUUCAUGGCCAAGAUCGUGCCGUACGAGGCAGAGAGCAAGCAGGCGGUCCUGCAGGAGUACGACAUCCUCAAGUCGCUCCACCACGACAAGAUCAUGGCUCUGCACGAGGCCUACGUCACUCCUCGCUACCUCGUCCUCAUCUCCGAGUGCUGCAGCGGCAAGGAGAUCCUCUACAGCCUCAUAGACAGGUUCCGCUACUCUGAGGAUGAUGUGGUGGGGUAUAUAGUCCAGAUCCUGCAGGGACUGGACUACCUUCAAAACCGACGCAUCCUGCACCUCGACAUCAAGGCAGAAAACAUUAUCGUCACCUACAUGAACGUUGUGAAGAUCAUCGACUUUGGCAGCGCCCAGAACUUUAACCCUCUGUUCCUGAAGCAGUUCAGUCCACCUGUGGGGACUUUGGAGUACAUGGCUCCUGAGAUGCUGAGAGGAGAUGUGGUGGGACCUCCUGCUGACAUCUGGAGCCUAGGCGUGCUCACCUUCAUCAUGUUGAGUGGCUGCUUGCCCUUCAUGGAGAAUGAUCCUCGGGAGACUGAGGCGAGGAUCCAGGCAGCAAAGUUUGACCUUGGAAAACUCUACCAGAACGUGUCUCAAAGUGCCUCUCUGUUCCUGAAGAAGAUUCUCUGUAGCUACCCCUGGGCGCGGCCCUCCAUCAAGGACUGCUUCAACAACUCCUGGCUGCAGGACGCCUACCUGAUGAGGCUGCGGCGCCAGACACUCACCUUCACCACCACGCGCCUCAAAGACUUCCUGGCUGAGCAGCAGCGCGGCCGCGUCGAGGUGGCCACCAAGCACCGCGUCCUGCUGCGCUCCUACCAGAGCACGCCUCCCAGCCCCGCCUCACCCGCCUCCACCCUCUCGCCCGCUGCUCACUGACAGCCUGGAAGCAGGAGGACCUGCAGUCUGUACGAAGGCAGGAUGCACUGCCCAGAGGUGGGGGAGCUCCCUGGAUCCUCAAGCGGGGUCACUGCUCCUGGGGAACCUGCAGCGGCCUGGCCUCCGGGAACCAGGACUGUUUUAUAGUUUCUUACUCGAUCAUGAAAUGAUCCACAAACAGUGGAAGACACCUGAGCUGAGACUCCAUAUCUCCAUAUCAUCAGAGCUUCUGGUAGCUUCUCAGUCUUUCCAUUUCUGAGUUGUAGAGAUGGAAGGAUCUCCAUCUCACUUCAAUACGAUAUUUUCUCUAGACAUCAAUGUGUGAUGUAAAUGUGUAAUUCUAAAUCAUAAAUAUAUUCAUAUUAGUGGAGAGAUGGUGUUUCUUGUCUCUGCUAGUUGUUUAGUGAAGGACACACAUAUUACAUCUUUACCGUUCUUAUCAGGACAGUUUCUGAGAAUGAAUUGAUCAGAAUUUUUUGGUACCUUUUAACAAAACAUAAUCGACAAAGAGACAGCACAGUAUGCAAAUGUAUUAUCUAAGGGUUUGUGACUGGCCCAUGAAUUGAACAGGUUUGUACAUGAUCAACAAGGGCUACUUGAAGAAGCUACAAAUUGAAGAAAAAAAAUACUUUUUAACUAGUGGCGGGCAGGCCACAAAAUGUCCUUAUUCCUUACACCGUUUAUUCAAAAAUAAUGUCCGUGCAUUUUGGUCACCUGGUGUUUCCAUAAUGCACUUUUAACUAAGAAGAUAUAAGAUAAUUAAAGGUAGCCUGGUUUAGGGUUUCUGGAAUCAACAAGUGCCCUUACUUCAAUUAAAACGGGAGUCAGGUGGCUGAGCGGUUAGGGUGUCUGGCUCGUAAUCUGAAAGUUACCGGUUCGAUUCCUGGCUGUGCAAAAUGACGUUGUGUCCUUGGGCAAGGCACUUCACCCUACUUGCCUCGGGGGAAUGUCCCUGUGCUUACUGUAAGUCGCUAUGGAUAAGAGCGUCUGCUAAAUGACUAAAUGUAAAUGGAAAACCAUUUGACAAACCUUUAAUUUAUUACCACAGAGAUAACAAACAGAUUUAUUGACAUUAAAACGGCAUUCUGGAUAUUUUGUCUGAUAUGCAGCUUACAAAACAAAAUCUACCGUAUUGCUAUUUUACACUUCUUAGUUACGUUGGAUGAUCUUACCAAAGGUUUUAGUUAUUAGUUUACCAAGUCAUUACCUACAUUUGUGUGUAUGAAACAAAUCCACACACAAAAUGUAAAGUAAAGUAUUUUGCUAAGUAUUUGACAUUUUAUCAAGCUUUAGGUGAAGUUUGUUUGUUGAUCGAUUUUACAAUAGUUUUGGUUCUCUAGCUGCUUAAAUCAGCCCAGCACAAUAAAGCACAUUUGGUUUACGAAUAUAUCAUAUAUUUAUUGUUUAAGCCUAAUCAUCAUGGGCCAAAUCCAAAUUCAAUAUCAAUGCAUGCUAUUUGAGUUUUUGCACAAACUUCUUAAAAUCAACGCAUGAUUUAUAGAUUGAUACUGUAACGUUCAGAACCAGAUGUGAUGAAUGUAGGCUGUGGUCAGGAGCUGUGCUUGAUGUGUGUCAUUGUGUCAUGCUUUCUAGUUUCAGAAUCUUAUUUUUUAGACGGACACCGUAACUCCUGCUAUUGCACUCCAUAGUCGAGAAUGGGCUUGAUGUUGUGGUGGCUGCUGUUGUGUCCUGUCAUUUGAAUUUGAAGAUUACGUACGUUUCAGUUGUUUUUGGCAGUCAAUGAUUCAUCCAGUAAUAUCUUCAAAAUGAUUAAGGACAUCAAAUCCUGGAUUCUACAAAUAAAGUUUCUCAUGUCUAUUAAUUUAUUAACCCUCAGAUAUAUUCCUUUCUGUAUAGCAUAUGACGUCUUUUCAAACCAAUAAAUGUGGUCAAAGAGUUGGUAUAAUGAGCAGUGUAGAUACUUGCCUAAAAUGCAAAAUGGCAGGAAUGAUACUGCGGACAAAAGAACAAGCGUGCUUCUAACAGUUUAAAAAGGUGAGGACAGUUUUGGACAUGGACCUGAAUUAAAUAUUCAGAAUAUGUUUUAGUAUGAUAAUAAAAACAAAUUUCCUAAAAUAAACGUAAGUUAUGUUUUGGGGGACAUUAAGUCACUGGAUUGCUUUCUUUGUGUUAGUUUUGUGUAUUUAUUGAGUGAUUGAGUGGUCAUGUUUGGUGCAACCUACAGUAAACUUGUUCUCUUCUAAAUUUUUGUUCUCUUAAUUUCUGAAUUUGGCAUGAAACAGGCAUGACAGCUGACAUUGCUGCAAAUAAUAAAGGAAAUCCUACCAA